AUGACAACGCUAAAUAGCGCCCUGCUCAAAGAAAUUGAAGGCUUGGACUUCUACAAGGAGUUUUUUGUCGCCGGAAUCUAUGAAGAUGGACGAGAAACGGAUGCGGAACGGCCAUACCUGGUCAGAGUCGGGCUUGAUCAAAAUGCCGCGGGAUCGUCGUACGUUCAACAUAAUGGCUGCACAUUGUCUUGCACGGUGAUACCGAAGGCCGGGUAUUAUGAUCCAUUGCAGUGUAUACGAUUCAGAUUCGAAAAGAGUAAUGCGGUGCCAAAAGUAAGUCAAUUUCUCGAUUUUUUUCUUGGUUUAGGUGUGAGGAAGUAUAAGGAAGAAGCUAUGAAUGGAGGACUUAUAUAUUUAGUUGUUUUUGACUAAAAAUUGAAGUUUUUAUAUUAUACAUGGUCCAAGAAAUUCGUUUUUUCGAAUUGAUGUCAAGUCUUCCUUUUCAGAAAGAAUUCGACUUUUGCCGCGCGAUCCUCACCGAAUUUGCGAGGAAGCACAUUUUUGUUGAUCCGAAAUCUCUUACUUUCGAUGCGGAGUAUCAGAUUCAGUUGAUCUUGACCAUCACAAUCAACACAUGCGAUGGAUUUCUUCUCGGGCCGGUCUUUCUAGCAGUUCAAGCAGCUAUCAACAACACAAAAAUCCCGAAAACUUCGGUGGAUUCGACGGAUAUUGAGGACUUGGAGGCGAAAUUUAAGCAAGGAGCAGUUGUCAAGGAGCGGUCACGAUUUGUUUUUGAUACUGAGAACCUAAUUCAAGUGCAAUUAAGGAAUCGGCUGGUUUAUACGGGACUAUCGAUGUUCAAGGAUCAGGAUGAUGAUGAGGUGAAGUUGGGGUUUUUUCGGAAGCGGGGUAAAAGUUGUUAAUGAUCGGGGAGGAAAAAAGUAUUUAUUAGAAUUAAAGGAGGAUGCGUAUGAGUCUAACGGGGAUAAAGCUGAUAGCUAGAAGCAUUUUGAGUGAUCUGUGAAAGUUUGAGAUCUCAUUGACCAGGCUCUUUUGAUCUAGCGCACAAUUUUUAUAUUGUACAUGACCAAAAAUUAGACUUUAAAAUUCAUGAAAAUUUGUUCAAUUUUUGGAUUAUUUCUAUAAUAAAUGAGCUAAACUAGGAUGUGUUUACUUAAAAAUGAAGUUAAAUAUGAUGCGAGAUAAGAAUUCCGAUAUUAUUUUAUAUUAUUCAUGCAGCUUAUCCAAUAAGUUUCAAAAUAUUUUUUAUUUUAGCCAAUUCUCCUCGUGGAUCCUCCAUCUCAUUGUAUCGACCUGAUUGAGCCCAGGUUCGAUGUUAUCCUCUCCGAAACCGGCAACAUUUUCCUUUGGCAAGCUGGAAUUACAUCCGAUUUGACCAAAGAUUUGCGAAAAUCAGUGUACGAAAAGGCGAUGGAGAACACAAAGAAGGUCCUUGGGAUUCUCGAAACAGUACAAAAGGAAGGAAGAGUUCAAAGCGAGGAUAUGGAAUGA